AUGCAGCCGGAAAGAGCUGACCUCUGCUUCCCACAUCUCCUCAACUCCUCCUGCAGGAAGCCGCAGCCUCCUCAAACCAGUGCUGUGCUUUUUUACAUUCUCCUAUCUGUCAUCUCUCUGCUCACUACAGCUCUCAACCUGCUGGUCAUAAUCUCCAUCUCAUACUUCAGGCAGCUCCACACCCCCACCAACUUCCUCCUCCUCUCUCUGGCUGUCUCAGAUUUUGUUGUGGGCCUUGUGAUGAUACCAGUUGAAAUCCUCCUGUUAGAAACCUGCUGGAUCCUGGGCGAUCUCAUGUGUGCACUGUACUUUAUGUUACCCAUCAUGACUAUCUGUGCCUCUGUCGGAAACAUGGUGCUCAUAUCUGUUGACCGUUAUCUUGCCAUUUGUGACCCUCUGCAUUAUCCCACCAGAGUCACUCAAAAAGCUGUUACGAUGUGUGUCUUAAUGUGUUGGAUUUGCUCCGUUUCCUACAGCAUUUUUCUUUUAUUUGAUAACCUGAUGCAACCAGGAAGGUAUAAUUCCUGCUAUGGAGAAUGUGUGGUCAGCAUUGACGGAGCUGUUGAUCUUGUCGCUUUCAUUAUACCUAUUACCGUCAUCAUAGUUCUAUAUAUGAGAGUAUUUGUCGUGGCCGUGUCUCAGGCUCGAGCCAUGAGGUCCCACAUUGCUUCCGUCUCUCUCAAGUAUUCUACGACUGUGAAAGUUAAGAAAUCAGAGAUAAAGGCAGCAAGGACGCUUGGUGUUGUCAUUGUUGUGUUUCUAAUGUGUUACUCUCCAUAUUACUGCAUCACUCUCACAGGCCACAAUAUCUUGAUCGGUAUGUUGACCGAGGUCUCUAUGAUUUUUCUGAUGUAUUUUAACUCCUGUCUAAAUCCUGUCAUCUAUGCCCUCUUCUUCCCCUGGUUUAGAAAAACUAUUAGACUCAUUAUUACAUUUCAGAUCCUGCAGCUUGACUCUCGUGAUGCUGAUAUACUGUAG